UUACCAACGUCUCUCAUUAUUAUCCACUUCUAUUCCAUAUGAUAUUCAAAAUAAAAUUACAAGUUAGGUCCCUUAAACUAGACAACAUUUGCAGUCUGGUCCCUGGAAAGAAGAAGUUUUGCCACUUCAUUACAUUUGUCUUCUUUUCUCAACCAGAGAAGUCUAACUCAAGACACACCUAUUUCCCCGUCGAGUCCUCCACAAUUUUUCAAGCUUAUUAUUAUUAUUAAGCUCUUACAUAAAAAUCUCUCCCUCAAAAUUCGGGUCUUCUUUUUGUCCAAAAUCAUCCAUUUUUCUUCAAAGAUUUUCUCUUUCUCUAGAUUGACAAAGAAUCUAAAAUUUCAUCAUCAGCUUUCUCUCUCCCUCUGUGUAUAGGCAUUACCCAGAAAUUUUUUUUUUCUGGGUUUUACUUUUCAUUUUGUUUCUUGUACCUUUCUAACAUAACUUUUCCUUUUCUGGGUCUUUCUUCUAGUGUUGUUUCAUUGUUUAUUUAUUUAUAAGUUUGAAGAGCCCACUUGAAAAGGUAAAAGCUUUAUUGUGAAUUAUUGAUUUUUUGUGUUCUUUUUUUUCUAGGAUAUGUUCCUAAGCAUGUAACUGUCUUUUAAAUGAAUGGCGUUAAAGGGUAUUUCUAGUUAGUUCCAAAUGUAAAUUUUGUUUCUCUUUUGGUUUUUUCAUAAAUCUUGUUUAAGAGUCUUGUUUUGUCAAAUACUUAAUUACCCAUUUGAGGUUUAAUUCAAUUCCAAGCUUUUAAGCUGCAAAAAAUUGACCCUUUCACAUGUUUCCAAUUCCAAGCCUGUUGCCUUCUCUUUUUUGACAACAAAAAGAAAGAGUCUUUCUUUUUUAUUUCCCAUUCUCUCUUUAUCUUCAUCUCUUGAUCUAUCACAAGAGAACUACAAAACAAAAAAGAAUCCUAGAUAUGUAUAAAACACAUACCAAAAGAGAAGUGUCUUUAGAUUUUCAGCCUCAAAUUCCAAUUUUGAGGCCAAGCAUCCAUUCAAGAAGGGCAAAUUUAACAGUGAAAUUUCAAGACCUUUAUGGAUUUACUGUGGAAGGCAAUGUGGAUGAUGUCAAUAUAUUGAAUGAGGUUAGGGAGAAGGUUAGACAACAAGGGAGGGUCUGGUGGGCAUUAGAGGCUAGCAAAGGUGCUAAUUGGUAUUUGCAACCACAAGUUACUUCUAUAGCUGAAGGGAUUGCCUUGAAAUCCUCUCUUAAAUUGUCUACUUUAGCUAAUGCAAUCACUUUGAAGAGGCUUAUAAGGAAAGGUAUACCUCCUGUUCUGAGGCCUAAGGUCUGGUUUUCUCUCUCUGGAGCUGCAAAGAAGAAGUCUACUGUGCCUGAGAGCUACUAUAAUGAUUUAACCAAGGCUGUUGAAGGAAAGAUUACAGCAGCUACGAAGCAAAUUGAUCACGAUCUGCCACGGACCUUUCCUGGUCACCCAUGGUUGGACACACCAGAGGGUCAUGCUGCUCUCCGACGUGUUCUUGUUGGGUAUUCUUUCCGUGAUUCUGAUGUGGGCUAUUGCCAGGGGUUAAAUUAUGUUGCAGCUCUACUGUUGCUUGUGAUGAAAACAGAGGAAGAUGCUUUCUGGAUGCUUGCCGUCCUCCUAGAAAAUGUCUUAGUUAAUGACUGCUACACAAAUAACUUGUCUGGAUGCCAUGUAGAACAAAGGGUUUUCAAAGAUUUGCUUCCUAAGCAGUGCCCAAGGAUAGCUGUGCAUUUGGAGGAAUUGGAGUUUGAUGUGUCCCUUGUUGCGACCGAGUGGUUCCUAUGCCUAUUCUCAAAGAGCUUGCCUUCAGAGACAACUUUGCGAGUCUGGGAUGUCCUUUUCUUUGAGGGGGCAAAGGUUCUGUUCCAUGUAGCUUUGGCUAUAUUUAAGAUGAAGGAAGAAGAGCUGCUUCUAACUCAUCAUGUUGGUGAUGUUAUUAACAUAUUACAGAAAACAACUCAUCACCUCUUUGAUCCAGACGAACUAUUGACGGUGGCAUUUGAUAAAGUAGGCUCAAUGACAACAAACACUAUAUCAAAGCAAAGGAAAAAGCAGGAACCAGCAGUAAUGGCAGAACUUGAUCAAAGAUUGAGAAGACUAAACUCAAUCAAAAUGGAUGACAAAUAGCAGUUGUCCAUAAAAAAAUUUGAUCAGAAGCUGUGACCUAUAAGACAUGAUCCAAAGAGGGGCUUGCUUUUGCCCACUAUGGAGUAAGAAUGUUUUUAAGUUAUGCUGUUUUAUCUGUGGAAAGAGAGAGACACACACAGAGAGAGACCCAGUAAAGAGUGCCUUUGUUUAAAAAGGAUGUAAUAGGUGGUUUAAAUGUAAAUUAUGGAUUGUUGUAACAUGUGGAAUUAAAUUAAGAAUGCAAGGUCAGGGCUUCACUGGCUUUUUACUGCCCUGCAAUUUUGGUUUCUGAACA